GCGGAGAGCGCGCGCCUGUAAGAGAUCAUCAGCCCCAGCGGAAAAUGGCUGACGAGUGAUCACGUGACAGUGGCUGAGUUGCUUCCGCGAUGGAGACAGUAGAGCUUUUCGCCGAAGGGGAAACGGUCCAUAUAGAGGAACAACUAGUCAUGGUGGAACUGUCAGGAAUAAUUGAUUCAGAUUUUCUUGAGAAAUGUGAAAACAGAUGCAAGAUUUUGGGAAUAGAUACAGAGAGGCCCAUUUUGCAAGUAGACAGAUAUGUCUUUGCUGGGGAGUAUGAAGAUACCCUUGGAACCUGUGUGGUAUUUGAAGAAAACAAAGAUUGUGCAGAUGCAGAAGGAAACCAAAAAUUAGAGCUAAAAUACAAGUACCACACAAUGAAGAAGCUGAAUAUGACCCGGACACUUCUGAGUGAGAAAAAGGAAGGAGAAGAAAACACAGGUGGGGGAGUGGAAUGGCUGGAGCUUAAGGAAACAGAUUUCUCAUAUAGCAGACCAAACACGAUUUGCAAUUUCUUGUAUGAAAAAGAAGAGGAGAUGGCUGAAUCUCAAGACAAGCUGGCAGAAGAAUCUGAGGAAGAAGCCAGUGACAAAGGAAAUUGUGAUGACAACUUUGAACCUGAAAUGCAUUCUAGCAUUGAAAUUGAUGACUCUGCCCAAGUGAUAGACAACACUGGCCCUGAAGCAGUGAACUCUUCUUCGUUGGAUACACAGGAUAUUACUUUAGAUGAUUCUCCAUGUUGAUACAAAGUCUGUAAAAAUGGCCACUAAUAGAGAUAAUUAAUAGAAUGUAUGUUUCAGAGGCAUCUCUCCGACUUUUUCUGUACAUAGUUAACUGGAAAAUUGAAUCCUAAACUUACAUGGCAGUUUAGGAUCAUAGUCUUGAAACUAUGCACCUAAUAUUUGUCUUUUCUUUCUACAAGCAGCCACCACUGCCUGACUAUAUGGCAACACCAACCAUUUUUAACAUUUAAGUGCGUUUUUAAAGCAUUUUGCACAGGCAGAAGUUAGUCAUUUGCUAACCUACUAGGGUUUUCUGGAGUACAGCUUUGUUUUUAUAUGACAUGUUACUUCCUCAAUUGCAAAGAACAGAAGAUUGAUGAAGAACUAAUGUUAAUCCACUCUUGAUUCUUUUAUGUACAUAAAUGAGUUUGCAGAAGAUUGGCUGCUUGUUCGUAAAAUACAUUUUUGCUAUUCUCAGAUAUUUAAUUUUAUUAAUUGAGUGUAUUUACAUUCCACCCUUUCUCCAGGGAGCUCAGGGCUGCAGGAAUGUUCUUUCUCCUCCAUUUUAUCCUUCCAGUACCCCUAAGGGACUGGCCCAAGGUCACCCAGUGAUCUUCAUAGCUGUGUAAGCAUGUGAACCUGGGUCUCCUGAUUCUAGUCCACCACUCAGGAGCUUGCACAGCUUGCCGUCUAAACUGUGGGGCAAAAGAGACAAGGAAGAAAAAAAAGCAGGGGAGGCAGCAAUAACAACCUCUUCAAUCUAGUUAAGCCUGUUUUUGGAUGACAUUCUAUGAAGGAAGGGGACUUCAUGAGAAAAGGUGGGGUGGCAGACAGGAGGAGAUGCCACCCUCUCCUCUCCUCUAUCAACACAGACCAAUCAGAUUCAGACAGACUCAAUGGAAUGUUCAGGUGAAGAAAAAAAUAACCUAAAGAGUUUAAUUGUCCAUAAUUAACAGACAAACAGAGAAUCUGGGUUUUGGAGGAAGAAGGGAUAGGAGGUAUCCUGACUAGACAUAGAGUUCACUAGGGACUGUACUGUACGAUUUUAGACAUUGGAUUGAAUGCUGUCCUCGAUAAAAAAAUAGUGAAUUGUAAAAGUAGUCCAGUUAUUGUCUUCAUGUCUGAUGCACUGAAAGUGUACCAAUGUUGCAAUAUUAAGUAUGGCUCACCUUCCAGCUCUGGUAACUGCCAGCUAUCAGACUACAAUGGGAAGCCAUUACAGGUCAUGUCAUGCUUAUAAAUGAAAUAAACUAUAUGUGACACCUG